UUUGGGCCGUUUUUUUAUUUCACUUUCUCUCUAAAACACACACUUCACGCACUACGUAUCAUAGGAAACACAUCAUACUGCGGCUGUCUCUCUCUCCUCUUGCCAAAUUUCACGAGAAUCAGCGGAUCCUUCUUGUGCUUCUGAAUUUAUUGGAUGCGUGGAUGUCUAUGAAGUUUCUGCUGGAUCCGCAAGUGAUCGGUUGGAAUUUUGGUGUGUCUGCUGUUGCUGUUGGAUUGAAAUUCGUCACUAUUGAUCCCAUCCCAGAUUCAGACAGUUCCUACCUUGUUAUAAGGUAGCUUAUAAUGAUUUUUGGAAAAAAUCUUGAAGAGAAUUGCCAACGAGUUGGAGGCCUAAACUUACACUUAUCAGCCAAAUAUGGAAAGUGAUAGGACAGGCAACAAUAACCCUUCAGAUGUUGCAAAAAAUGGUCUGCAAAGAGCUCGACCUUUACAUGGGAGAACCAGUGGCCCAACACGUCGUUCGACGAAGGGGCAAUGGACUGCAGAAGAGGAUGAGAUAUUGCGAAUGGCUGUUCAACGCUUCAAAGGGAAAAAUUGGAAGAAGAUAGCGGAGUGUUUCAAGGACCGAACAGAUGUUCAGUGCCUCCAUAGGUGGCAGAAAGUUCUUAAUCCUGAGCUUGUGAAAGGUCCAUGGUCGAAAGAGGAGGAUGAAGUUAUAACUGAAUUGGUCAACAAAUAUGGUCCCAAAAAGUGGUCUACGAUCGCAAGUCAUCUUCCUGGGCGUAUAGGGAAGCAAUGUCGUGAAAGGUGGCACAAUCAUCUUAAUCCCAACAUAAAUAAGGAAGCUUGGACACAGGAUGAGGAAUUAACAUUGAUCCGUGCCCAUCAAAUUUAUGGAAACAAAUGGGCGGAGUUAACUAAGUUCUUGCCUGGGAGAACCGACAAUUCUAUCAAAAACCAUUGGAAUAGUUCUGUCAAGAAGAAAUUGGACAUGUAUUUAGCUUCAGGAUUACUUUCACAGUUCCAAGGUCAGCCUCUUGUGAAUCAUCCUAACCAGUCAGAACCUUCCUCCUCUUCAAAAGCACAACAAAGCAGUGAAGACAACAGUGUUGUUAGAAGCAGAAUAGAAGCAGAGGAAGCUUCUGAAUGCAGUCAGGGCUCUAACAUUGCUAGUAUGUCUCAACCUACAAGCAACCCAAUUGUACAUCCCGUAGGGGACUGCAGAAUAACUGAAGAAUCAAGUUCAAUUCAGUAUCCUGGAGAUUAUCGUCCUGCGUUUCAAGAAGCAGCGUUUUCUAUACCAGAAGCACCUUGUGAACUGAGUGACAAGUUUCUUGAGCAUGAUUUCUCUCUAGAUUGGGGUGCCUUAGCGGGGAAAGAUUGGCAACUAAAUCCAAAUGAACUACCGGACAUGUCUUUGCUAGAUCUAGGGCAAGAGUCCCCUGGAAUGUUCGUCGGAACAUCUUCAAGUGGCCAGAACAAUAAUCAUGAAGAAGUACUCUUUCAGCAAGAGUCUCAUAUGCCAUUAGGGACGUAUACUUCCAUGGUGAACAUGGCUGUAGAUUCCGAUGCCACAAAUAUGAUCUCUACUUCAGACUGCAGCAGGAUGGUAUACACCGAGGCUGAUCAAGGUGGAUGCUGUCCCUCUGAAGUUAUAAACCAAAUAGAUUCAUUGCUCCAUCGUUCUUCAACUCUCCAGUUUCCUGAAAAUGGGGCUUUUGCUUCACAAUCUUGUUAUACACCUUCUGAUCCGCUGGGUCCUUCAUUUCCUCAAUGUGUUCCCUUCCCUAUACAACUUCCUUCUGCUGAUGGUCAGCACAUGUUUGGCCCUCAUCCUAAUCAGUACAGUAAUUCACAUGCAGAUCAGGAAGCUAAUCGACCAAGUACACAUGACUUCAUAUAUCCUACGGAGUCUGAUCACUUGCAAUGUGAAGAUAAUUUUGUUGAGGAAAAGGGAACACCGAAACUAGUUUCAGUUAAUGAUUUUGUCUUGACAUCCUCAAAUGAUUCUCAAGGUUGUUCUUUGGUGGACAAAGAUACUAAAACUGAAGAACAGAAGGAUUCUGGAGCUUUAUUCUACGAGCCCCCACGUUUUCCAAGCUUGGACAUACCAUUCUUCAGUUGUGAUCUUAUACCAUCAGGUAGCGAUAUGCAUCAAGAGUACAGCCCACUCGGCAUCCGCCAACUUAUGAUAUCUAGCAUGACACCGUUCAAACUGUGGGAUUCACCAACCAGAGAUGACAGCCCUGAUGCUAUUCUCAAAAGUGCUGCCAAAACUUUUACAGGCACGCCAUCAAUAUUGAAGAAAAGACACCGUGACUUGGUAUCUCCUUUGUCUGAAAAGAGAGGUGAAAAGAAGCUUGAAGGUCCUAGAAAUCAAGAAUCAUUUUUGAAUAUGAACAAUGGUUUUCCCCAGUUAGAGUUUAUGUUUGAUGAAUGUAAAGAGAAAAAAGGACAGCUGCUUUCACUAUCGCCAAACAGAAGAAACUUUGAAGUGUCUUGUAUGGAAAAAGAAAACGCAGCUCCUGCAUCUGGACAGGAACAGAAUGAAGGCAAUAAAAGCUUUGUCACUUCAGAAAGAGAUACAACAGAAGGAUCUACUAACAACGGCAGUGGUUGUUCGAACUGUAUGACUAAGAAUGCAGAAAAGGACUUGACUGUAUCAGCGAAUGAGUCUUCUGGAAUCCUUCUCGAACAUGAUGUGAAUGACCUGCUAUUCUUUUCUCCUGACCGUUUCAUAAUGAAGAAUGAUAGAACGGUUGGUUUAAGUGCUAGGGCCCUUGCAAAACAGUCUUCACGAAGAUUAGAUGCUGUGUCAAAACAUGGGGCUGUUUUAACUUCCUCAAAUGCAUGUUUUUCUGUCCUUUGUUCUCCUCGAAUUUGUUCAAAGAACAGGACUAAUUUGUUUAUAACUACCUCUCUGCAAUCCUUGAGUCCUUCAGCGAAGAAAGUUGAGGCUUCUGGCAAAGGUUUAGCCAAUGAAAACAAUAAUAUGUUUGCGGAAACACCUCCUUCAAUUUGGAAGUCCCCUUGGUUUAUCAAUAACUUCGGACCAGGCCCAAAAGUUGAUACAGAUAUAUCAAUCGAGGACAUUGGCUACUUCUUGACCCCGGGGGACGGAAGUUAUGACGCCAUUGGGUUAAUGAAGCAAUUAGGAGAGCAGACAGCAGGUGCGUUUGCUGAUGCCCAAAAGGUUCUUGGUGAUGAAACUCCUGAAACCAUAAUGAAGGGAAAAUGUGUCACAAACCACGACGGAGAGAAAGAGCAUAACCACAAUCCAUGCUCUGCUUCAAGUUUCAUGUCGGAGAGGCGCACACUCGAUUUUAGCGAAUGUGGAACACCUGGAAAAGAAUCUGCAAGAUUUUCAAGCAGCACCAGUUUGUCAAGCCCCUCUUCCUAUCUGUUGAAGAGUUGCAGGUAGAAGAAGGCAAGGCAUUCAUGGUAUAGAGCAAUCCUACUGUAAUAUAUAUGUAAGUCUAUAUUUUAAAUUUUUUAUAUUCUUGAAUACCAUAUAUAACAAAUGGCAUGUGUCCGUGUAAAAUGCAUUUGGGAAAUUAUAAAAAACCUUCGAUUUAUUCUAA